AUGACUGGCUUCGACGGAAACAGAGCAACGACCAACGAGCCAAUGAUGAUGAGACAAGUGACAAGGAGACGACGGGGUUCGCGUUCGACGGCGACUGGCUUCGACGAAAAUAGAGCAACGACCAACGAGCCAACGAUGAUGGAAACCGUCAACGAUGAUGAGGGCCACUGCUGCCGUCAUGCCCCUUGGACCUUGGUGGAUGCGUGGUGGUUGAAUUCGAUGAACGGAGGAGGAGGGAUCGGCGGUCGUGCACGGUGCAGAAGUCACUCAGGCCUCAGGAGAUGCAAUUAG